AUGCUACCACCCGACUGCGCCCAAACUCCUCUUGAGUUAUGGAUCCUCAAUAGAGUUGGAAACUGGAGAAAGCGGGAGCUCCCACGCCGCAGCUCGCAGCUUCCCAGCUUCUUUCCCAGCUACACUGCCCUGGGCUGCCAGUCCGGCGGCUUGGCCACCCAGAGUUCUUUCCUUAUCUGUCUCUGGAUCAAGCCAGCGGCAUCGAGCCAUCAAUUGGAUCGUACUAUGUACUUGCCAGGUUAG